AAGUAGCUUGUUCAAGCGUGCACCGAGGACCCGACCCUUCCUCGGAUCUCCCUCUGGACACAACGUGAGGUUAGGGGGUAGGAGGCUGAGAGGACCCUGUGAACUGCAGAGCGGAGCUGGGACGGGGAGUCAGGCCUCGCGAUCGGGCCGGGGGCACUCCCUGGGCCCAUGCCUCGCCCUGGCACGGGGAGCAGGGAGGGGGUACGCGGCUGACGGCCGUCGGGGCAGCAACAGCACAGCCCGGCGGUGGCUCGCCGCCCAGACUCGGGGCAGGGAAGGUUCCCGUGCGGGCGGGGGGCUAAGAGGCCGCCUCCAGCCCGGGGCAUCCCGUGCACCCGAGCCUGGAGCCCGGAGCCUGGAAGGGUGAAGGCGCCCCGAGCUCGGGACCAAACUGGAGGCAGAGGGAGAGCGGUGGCUCCUCCCCCGGCCCCCGCCGCUGGCCGAUCGGAGCGCUGGGCGGGCGCCGCGGGAGCCGCAGCCCUUUCCGGGGGGCGGACCCGGCAACGGCGGCACCCAGCUCCUGCCCCGACAGGUGCGCGCCGCGCGAAGGAAUGCGGCCCGCCUGACUCACCAGCGCCUCCUUCCUACCUGCGCGCCCGCCCCAUAAAGUGCUGCCCGCCCCGUCCUCCCCCCCCAACCCCCGUGCUCGCCCUCAGACCGUCCCGGCUCGCCCGCGCGCUGCAGCCCCAUCUCCUAGCGGCAGCCCAGGCGCAGAGGGAGCGAGUCCGCUCCGAGGUAGGUCCAGGACGGACGCACGACAGCAGCCGAGGCUGACCGGGAGAGGAGCUGGCAGUGAAGGCUUGGAGUCUCCAUCCUGGGGACCGAGGGAAGGACAGCAGGAGGGACAGCAGGGGAGGAGGAAGAGGAUGGCAGGGCCACGCCCCAGCCCAUGGGCCAGGCUGCUACUGGCAGCCUUGAUCAGCGUCAGCCUCUCUGGGACCUUGGCAAACCGCUGCAAGAAGGCCCCAGUGAAGAGCUGCACGGAGUGUGUCCGUGUGGAUAAGGACUGCGCCUACUGCACGGACGAGAUGUUCAGGGACCGGCGCUGCAACACCCAGGCGGAGCUGCUGGCCGCAGGCUGUCAGCGCGAGAGCAUCGUGGUCAUGGAGAGCAGCUUCCAGAUUACAGAGGAGACCCAGAUUGACACCACCCUGCGGCGCAGCCAGAUGUCCCCCCAGGGCCUGCGGGUCCGGCUGCGGCCCGGUGAGGAGCGGCACUUUGAGCUGGAAGUGUUUGAGCCCCGGGAGAGCCCCGUGGACCUGUACAUCCUCAUGGACUUCUCCAACUCCAUGUCCGAUGAUCUGGACAACCUCAAGAAGAUGGGGCAGAACUUGGCUCAGGUCCUGAGCCAGCUCACCAGUGACUACACUAUUGGAUUUGGCAAGUUUGUGGACAAAGUCAGCGUCCCGCAGACAGACAUGAGGCCUGAGAAGCUGAAGGAGCCCUGGCCCAACAGUGACCCCCCCUUCUCCUUCAAGAACGUCAUCAGCCUGACAGAAGAUGUGGAUGAGUUCCGGAAUAAACUGCAGGGGGAGAGGAUCUCAGGCAACCUGGACGCUCCUGAGGGCGGCUUCGAUGCCAUCCUGCAGACGGCCGUGUGCACGAGGGACAUUGGCUGGCGCCCGGACAGCACCCACCUGCUGGUCUUCUCCACCGAGUCGGCCUUCCACUAUGAGGCUGACGGUGCCAAUGUGCUGGCUGGCAUCAUGAGCCGCAACGAUGAACGGUGCCACCUGGACGCCACGGGCACCUACACCCAGUACAGGACACAGGACUACCCGUCGGUGCCCACCCUGGUGCGCCUGCUCGCCAAGCACAACAUCAUCCCUAUCUUUGCUGUCACCAACUACUCCUACAGCUACUACGAGAAGCUUCACACCUAUUUCCCUGUCUCCUCGCUGGGGGUGCUGCAGGAGGACUCGUCCAACAUCGUGGAGCUGCUGGAGGAGGCCUUCAAUCGAAUCCGCUCCAACCUGGACAUCCGGGCCCUAGACAGCCCCCGAGGCUUUCGGACAGAGGUCACCUCCAAGAUGUUCCAGAAGAUGAAGACUGGGUCCUUUCAGAUCCAGCGGGGGGAAGUGGGCAUAUACCAGGUGCAGCUGCGGGCCAUCGAGCACGUGGAUGGGACGCACGUGUGCCAGCUGCCGAAGGAGGACCAGAAGGGCAACAUCCAUCUGAAACCUUCCUUCUCUGAUGGCCUCAAGAUGGACGCGGGCAUCAUCUGUGAUGUGUGCCCCUGCGAGCUGCAAAAAGAGGUGCGGUCAGCUCGCUGCAACUUCAAUGGAGACUUCAUGUGUGGACAGUGUGUGUGCAGUGAGGGCUGGAGUGGCCAGACCUGCAACUGCUCCACCGGCUCUCUGAGUGACAUUCAGCCCUGCCUGCGGGAGGGUGAGGACAAGCCAUGCUCGGGCCGUGGGGAGUGCCAGUGCGGGCACUGUGUGUGCUACGGCGAAGGCCGCUACGAGGGUCAGUUCUGCGAGUAUGACAACUUCCAGUGUCCCCGCACUUCUGGGUUCCUCUGCAAUGACCGAGGACGCUGCUCCAUGGGCCAGUGUGUGUGUGAGCCUGGUUGGACAGGCCCAAGCUGUGACUGUCCCCUCAGCAAUGCCACCUGCAUCGACAGCAAUGGGGGCAUCUGUAAUGGACGUGGCCACUGUGAGUGUGGCCGCUGCCACUGCCACCAGCAGUCGCUUUACACGGACACCAUCUGCGAGAUCAACUACUCAGCGAUCCACCCGGGCCUCUGCGAGGACCUACGCUCCUGCGUGCAGUGCCAGGCAUGGGGCACCGGGGAGAAGAAGGGGCGCACGUGUGAGGAAUGCAACUUCAAGGUCAAGAUGGUGGACGAGCUUAAGAGAGCCGAGGAGGUGGUGGUGCGCUGCUCCUUCCGGGACGAGGACGAUGACUGCACCUACAGCUACACCAUGGAAGGCGACGGCGCCCCUGGGCCCAACAGCACCGUCCUGGUGCACAAGAAGAAGGACUGCCCUCCCAGCUCCUUCUGGUGGCUCAUCCCCCUGCUCCUCCUCCUCCUGCCGCUCCUGGCCCUGCUGCUGCUGCUCUGCUGGAAGUACUGCGCCUGCUGCAAGGCCUGCCUGGCACUUCUCCCUUGCUGCAACCGAGGUCACAUGGUGGGCUUUAAGGAAGACCACUACAUGCUGCGGGAGAACCUGAUGGCCUCAGACCACCUGGACACGCCCAUGCUGCGCAGCGGGAACCUCAAGGGCCGUGACGUGGUCCGCUGGAAGGUCACCAACAACGUGCAGCGGCCUGGCUUUGCCACUCAUGCCGCCAGCAUCAACCCCACAGAACUGGUGCCCUACGGGCUGUCCUUGCGCCUGGCCCGCCUUUGCACCGAGAACCUGCUAAAGCCUGACACUCGGGAGUGUGCCCAGCUGCGCCAGGAGGUGGAGGAGAACCUGAACGAAGUCUACAGGCAGAUCUCCGGUGUACACAAGCUCCAGCAGACCAAGUUCCGGCAGCAGCCCAAUGCUGGGAAAAAGCAAGACCACACCAUUGUGGACACAGUGCUGAUGGCGCCCCGCUCGGCCAAGCCAGCCCUGCUGAAGCUUACAGAGAAGCAGGUGGAACAGAGGGCCUUUCAUGACCUCAAGGUGGCCCCCGGCUACUACACCCUCACUGCAGACCAGGACGCCCGGGGCAUGGUGGAGUUCCAGGAGGGUGUGGAGCUGGUGGACGUACGGGUGCCCCUCUUUAUCCGGCCUGAGGACGACGAGGAGAAGCAGCUGCUGGUGGAGGCCAUCGAUGUACCUGCGGGCACUGCCACCCUUGGCCGCCGCCUGGUAAACAUCACCAUCAUCAAGGAGCAAGCCAGAGAUGUGGUGUCCUUUGAGCAGCCUGAGUACUCGGUCAGCCGUGGGGACCAGGUGGCUCGCAUCCCUGUCAUCCGGCGCGUCCUGGACGGCGGGAAGUCUCAGGUCUCCUACCGCACGCAGGAUGGCACUGCACAGGGCAACCGGGACUACAUCCCUGUGGAGGGUGAGCUGCUGUUCCAGCCUGGAGAGGCCUGGAAAGAGCUGCAGGUGAAGCUCCUGGAGCUGGAAGAGGUCGACUCCCUUCUGCGGGGCCGCCAGAUCCGCCGUUUCCACGUACAGCUCAGCAACCCUAAGUUUGGGGCCCACCUGGGCCAGCCCCACUCCACCACCAUCAUCAUCAGGGACCCAGAUGAGCUGGACCGGAGCCUCACGAGUCAGAUGGUGUCAUCACAGCCACCCUCUCACGGUGACCUGGGCGCCCCGCAGAACCCCAAUGCUAAGGCCGCUGGGUCCAGGAAGAUCCAUUUCAACUGGCUGCCCCCUUCUGGCAAGCCAAUGGGGUACAGGGUAAAGUACUGGAUUCAGGGUGACUCUGAGUCCGAAGCCCACCUGCUCGACAGCAAGGUGCCCUCAGUGGAGCUCACCAACCUGUACCCGUAUUGCGACUAUGAGAUGAAGGUGUGCGCCUACGGGGCUCAGGGCGAGGGACCCUACAGCUCCCUAGUGUCCUGCCGCACCCACCAGGAAGUGCCCAGCGAGCCAGGGCGUCUGGCCUUCAAUGUCGUCUCCUCCACGGUGACCCAGCUGAGCUGGGCCGAGCCGGCUGAGACCAACGGUGAGAUCACAGCCUACGAGGUCUGCUAUGGCCUGGUCAACGACGACAACCGACCUAUCGGGCCCAUGAAGAAGGUGCUGGUUGACAAUCCUAAGAACCGGAUGCUGCUCAUUGAGAACCUUCGGGAGUCCCAGCCCUACCGCUACACGGUGAAGGCGCGCAACGGGGCCGGCUGGGGGCCUGAGCGGGAGGCCAUCAUCAACCUGGCCACCCAACCCAAGCGGCCCAUGUCCAUCCCCAUCAUCCCUGACAUCCCCAUCGUGGACGCCCAGAGCGGGGAGGACUACGACAGCUUCCUUAUGUACAGCGAUGAUGUUCUACGCUCUCCAUCUGGCAGCCAGAGGCCCAGCGUCUCUGAUGACACCGGCUGCGGCUGGAAGUUCGAGCCCCUGCUGGGGGAGGAGCUGGACCUGCGGCGCGUCACGUGGCGGCUGCCCCCGGAGCUCAUCCCGCGCCUGUCGGCCAGCAGCGGGCGCUCCUCCGACGCCGAGGCGCCCCACGGGCCCCCGGAGGACGGCGGCGCGGGCGGGAAGGGGGGCAGCCUGCCCCGCAGUGCGACACCCGGGCCCCCCGGAGAGCACCUAGUGAAUGGCCGGAUGGACUUUGCCUUCCCGGGCAGCGCCAACUCCCUGCACAGGAUGACCACGACCGGUGCCGCUGCCUAUGGAACCCACCUGAGCCCCCACGUGCCCCACCGAGGACUAAGCACAUCCUCCACCCUCACACGGGACUACCACUCGCUGACCCGCUCGGAACACUCACACUCGACCACACUGCCCAGGGACUACUCCACCCUCACCUCCGUCUCCUCCCACGACUCUCGCCUGACCGCUGGUGUGCCCGACACGCCCACCCGCCUGGUGUUCUCUGCCCUGGGACCCACAUCUCUCAGAGUGAGCUGGCAGGAGCCACGGUGCGAGCGGCCGCUGCAGGGCUACAGCGUGGAGUACCAGCUGCUGAACGGCGGCGAGCUACAUCGGCUCAACAUCCCCAACCCUGCCCAGACCUCAGUGGUGGUGGAAGACCUCCUGCCCAACCACUCCUAUGUGUUCCGCGUGCGGGCCCAGAGCCAGGAAGGCUGGGGCCGAGAGCGUGAGGGUGUCAUCACCAUCGAAUCCCAGGUGCACCCGCAGAGCCCACUCUGUCCCCUGCCAGGCUCCGCCUUCACUUUGAGCACUCCCAGCGCCCCAGGUCCGCUGGUGUUCACUGCCCUGAGCCCAGACUCGCUGCAGCUGAGCUGGGAGCGGCCACGGAGGCCCAAUGGGGAUAUCGUCGGCUACCUGGUGACCUGUGAGAUGGCCCAAGGAGGAGGGCCAGCCACUACAUUCCGGGUGGAUGGCGACAGCCCCGAGAGCCGGCUGACCGUGCCGGGCCUCAGCGAGAACGUGCCCUACAAGUUCAAGGUGCAGGCCAGGACCACUGAGGGCUUCGGGCCAGAGCGCGAGGGCAUCAUCACCAUAGAGUCCCAGGAUGGAGGCCCCUUCCCACAGCUGGGCAGCCAUGCCGGGCUCUUCCAGCACCCACUGCAAAGUGAGUACAGCAGCAUCACCACCACCCACACCAGCGCCACCGAGCCCUUCCUAGUGGAUGGGCUGACCCUGGGGGCCCAGCACCUGGAGGCAGGCGGCUCCCUCACCCGGCAUGUGACCCAGGAGUUUGUGAGCCGGACGCUGACCACCAGCGGAACCCUCAGCACCCAGGUGGACCAACAGUUCUUCCAAACCUGAUCCCACCCUGCCUCACCCCCGCCAUGUCCCACUAGGCAUCCUUCCAACUCCUCUCCCAGAGCCUCCUCAGCUACUCCACCCUUGCACCCCUGGCCGCCCAGCCCACCCACAUGCACAGAGCAGGGGCUAGGUGUCUCCUGGGAGGCAUGAAGGGGGCAAGGACCCCCUCUCUGGGCCCAAACCUAUUUGUAACCAAAGAGCUGGGAGCAGCACAAGGACCCAGCCUUUGUUCUGCACUUAAUAAACAGUUUUGCUACUGCUA